AUGACGACGCUCAAGAAAGAGUAUGAUGUGAUCAGCCCGUGGAAGCUUGCCCACGUUGUCCUCCGAACCAGGCGGUUCAAGGAAAUGACCGACUUCUACAAGAAAUUCCUCGGCGCUGCAGUCGAAUUCGAGAACGAGCGCGCCUGCUUUCUGAAGUACGAUGAAGAACACCAUCGGCUCGGGAUUCUGGCCCUCGACGGUCUAUUGGACAGCGGCCGGACCGCGCCUGGGCUUGAGCAUAUUGCGUUCACUUUCCACACCCUCAACGACCUUAUUAAGGUGUGGGAACAGCGUAAAGCGUUGGGCAUCGAACCCAUCUGGUGUGUGAACCACGGCGGGACUACUAGCAUGUACUAUGAGGAUCCCGAUGGGAAUAAAUUGGAAUCUCAAGUGGAUAACUUUGACGAUGUGGAGGAACAUGAGAAUUUCAUCAUGUCGGAGGUUUUUAGGGCGAAUCCUGUGGGAACGGAUUUCGACCCAUUGGAAUUGAAGAAACGCCUCGAAGCGGGAGAAGACGACGCUUCACUGAAAAGGCGCAUUGAAGUCGGACCUCGUCCAUUCCCUACGGUGGUGGGUGUAAGGCCUUGA